ACGAAAACUAGUUAAACUAAUGAACAUUAAAACACACAUUGGAAAUAUACAUACAAAAAACUGAAAACAAAAUUCAAAAGAACCUUGAAAGUAAAAAAUUAUAAAUAUUUAGUGAAAAUGGAUCAACAUGACGCGGAUAACUGCAAAUGUCACAAGCAGGCGGCGCCAGCACAACAAACACUAACCGAUUUGGAGUUCGAUCGUGGCAUCUGGAAUGCAGCCAUCUAUAAUGAGCCGGAGCGGGUGCGCAAUUUCAUCAGCCGCGGCAAAUCAAUGGACCGCGACGACUUCGAUUACACGGCGCUCCAUUAUGCAGCGCGCAAUGGCAAUGUGGAAAUAUGCAAAAUGUUGAUCGAAGAUGGCAAAGCUGAUGUGGACGCGAUUACCAAGGCGGGCGCCACCGCCUUGCAUCGCGCUGCUAUGAUGGGUCAUCUCGAUGUUGUGAAAUUACUGGUUGGCGCCAAAGCAAAUCUCCAGCUGCAAGAUGAAUAUGGACAGACUGCACUUCAUCGUGCUGCUAUACGUGGACACUUGGAUGUUUGUAAAUUUCUAUUGGAGAAGGAUUCGAAAUUAAAGGAAAUCAAGGACAAGAAAGAAAAAAUACCCUAUGAAUAUAUAAUGGAGAAUGCUAACGAUGAUUUCAAAUUAUUGCUUAAGCCCUAGAGUCAAAAUAAUGUAACUAAAGCAAAGAGAUAUUGUAACAUUCAGCCAAAUCAAUUGAAAACGUAUCAAUCAAACAGGCGAAAUCGAAA